AUGAUCGGUGCGGCGUCAUCAUGGCCGCACGCGGGAGCCGCGCCGACGUUUGGUUUUGUGUUUUUGCACUCAAAUGUUUGGUUGCUUGGAAACUUGCUGGAGGCUCCGUUUCGUGGACCAAACUUCUUGCUGGACUCCCCAGAUGGUGAGGAGCUCAACCCUUUCUCCUUCCGGGAGUUCCUGCGCACCAAGGACCGGGACCGGGACGAGGACGAGGACGAGGACGAGGACGCGUCAGUGUGGGGGGUGUGUGAGGAUCGAGAGCAAGUACGCGUGUUUGUGUGCGCAGCUCCACGAGGAGAACGUCUCUCUCUGACGGGAGCCAUCUCGGAGCUUCGGAGAACAUCGGAAGCAAACGGCCGAAGGUCAGCCCGUCGGGCGACAGCUCAGCGGAGCGAUCGAAACGUCAGCGUGCCUUGCGUGCAGGGCGGAGGCGCCGGAGGAGGAGCUUCGUCAUUAUCCCGUAAUGACGUUGCGUUCAUGGACAAAAACCAAGGGGGUUCUUUUCAAAUGACAUCGACACUUUCAUACUUCAAACGAGCGCUGAGGGCCGAGAGCAGCGUGUGCAGGAUGAAGGCGGAGCUUCGGCAGCUGCAAGUGAGACACACACUAACAGGCACACCAAACCACACCACACGACACAUACGCACACACACGACACAUCCACUAACAGGCACAAACCACACACGCAAAAGGAAGGUUUUGAUUAUGAAGGGAGAAAGAAAUCCAAACCUACAUGGACCCGUGCCAUGGAAUUUUUUUGGGUUAGGGUCUGUGUAUACAUACACGCACACACGAGAUAUACUUAAACCGUGUGCGUGCGUGCGUGCGUUGCGAAAACGCAAAGCUGAGAUCAUCACGGCGAUGAAGCAAAACGCCAACAUGGCGUCAGAAUACCCGGACAAGACGGCCACACGCGCGCACUCGUCCAUAAGUCAGCUGCUGGAGGGGGCGGAGUCUCUGCGUCUGGUCUCGCAGCCGCUGCGCUCCGUCCACAAAAUGAAGCGCUUGUCGACGUCGCCGUGGAAACGUGAUGACGCGCGGCGCCGAUCGGUCGGCUUGUCGCUGACUGGCCGAACGCUUUCUCACACAAUAAAAGUUGGACUCAUUCUGUUCAUCAUUUGAUUUAUUGGCAACUGAUGACCUCACACAGCCAACAGCCAAUCAGUG